UUCCGGUAAGAUGGCUGCGCCCAUGUGAGAGGCCGUUACUCCCUCCCUCUCGAACAUACACACACACACACGGUUCCUCCGCGCCGGAGGAUGUGGGCUCAGUGCCGGCCCCUCCUGCUCGGCCGCUGUCGGCCCGCCCUCUCCAUCCCCUCCCGGGGCCGCAAGUCCCGCAACGACCCUCCCGCCAAGUCCAAGGCCGAUCGGCGGCGGGUCCCGACCCCGGUGGACCCGGCGGAGCUGCUGGUGUUGAAGGAUCGGUACCGGCAGCACGUGGCUGUGAUCGGGGCCCUCAGGGCUGAGUUUAAGGAGGAAAUGCUUCGGAAGCGUUAUGAAGAGGAGGUGGGCUCAUUGGCUGAGGAACGAGCACAGCUAGAAGCUGAAGAACAUCGGAGGCUCAUGGCUUUCAAUAAACUAGAGAAUGAACGACUCCAAAAAAUCCGUGAGGAGCGACUCCAAAGAGAGGCAGAAGAGGAGCAGGAGCAGAAACUCCAGGCAGCCAUCAGCAGAGAAAAGAAAAAGAUUGAAUUCCUGAAGGAGAAGGAACAGGAAGUGCUACAGCUUCAGGAGGAAGUGAAGAAUUUCAUCACGCUGGAAAAUUUGGAUCAACGGAUAGCAGAAGCUCUGGACAAUCCAAAAAAUUACAACUUUGCCAUUGACACGGAGGGCCGGAUCAUAAGGAGCCCCGUGAAGCAGCAGACCACACAGCACAGCUGAGCAGACACCUCAUCUGAACCCUGCACUGUUCUGCCAAGCUCACUUCUCUGAAGUGGCUGGUACUGGGGCGUCAUUAACGUGAAAUUAGGAGGGAAGGUGUGAAUGCCUUCAAACAGUAACAAACUGUACAAUAGGUUGAUCAACUUAGCUUGGUUGAGGGAUAUCCUGAUCCAGUAAUCCAGCAAAAUGUAGCAUCUUCAAAGAUGUAUCCCAAUUGGACAUGUCUAUUUUGUACUGUCCAAAAGAGCUGUUUUCAGGAUGUAUAGGACUAGUUUUUUUUUCAGACUUUAAAGUCAAUCAAUUCACUUAUAAACUCCCCUGAUUAUUGUCUGCAACAGUGAAUCUACUUUCAUAAUGCUGGAGCUGAAUUGCACCAAUAAAUACAACUCAGUUUGUGGUC